CGGCCAGCCAAUGGCUUUGUUAGCCAGACCACUAGAGCGUGUCGCAGCGCCCGAGACGUCACAGUCGCCAACCAUCUUCGCAGCACUUGCGCGUUUGUCGCAUGUCCUUCACCGUCCCGCACUGCGCGCACUGCAACCUUUUCUCGCGCAUAAUCGCCCGGCGCAUAUAAACGCGCACGCACCCCGUUUUUGGACCACAAGACCCCUCGACUUACAGCCGCGCCAUGGACUCCCCACCGACGCAUUCCGUACGACCGUGGACGCCGCCCGAGACCGAAGCGCGUGGCAGCCCUGAAUCCGCCUAUUUUUCAGACCCCUUCCGACGAGCAUCGAGCUGCGCAUCAGACAUGGACGAACACCGUUGGCCGCUUCGACAGCCGCGGUCCGGCUCCCCUGGCAGGAAGAGCAAACGAUGCGAUACAUCCAACGAGCCGCUCAGCAUCUCCAGGCCGAAGCCUCACCACACAGUCACCGAGCCUGCGCCGUACACACCAACGAAAACCUCCAGUCUGCUGGAACACGCGCCUGGCGCGUUGCGCUAUCCGUACACGCCCGAGAGCUCGCGUAUAUUACACCCAAGCACAGAGGGCUCGCUAUCGCCGAUUCCAUGGGAUACCGGAUCGCGUUCAUCGGCUUCACCUGUGCAGAGCGCCCUCUCAUCAUGUAUCGCGCACUUUGAAAACCUCACGGCGGAGCGCGAGCUCACCGACGAUCAGAUGGAGUACAUUGUUGGACAGUUCGAGAACAUGACCUCCUUCCUUGCUGCCCCGGAUGCGCAGACGAAGAAGGGCGCCGACGAUCUGUUUUCUGGUGGAGAUUCACCGCGUCCUGCAAGCCCCAAGCCCACGGCGCACGUCAUCGAAGAUAACAGUAACUAUAUGGCCCAGGUCGGGAAGUAUAUCAACGAUGUACAAAUCUACACCGCGGACCUGAAACGGCGCUUCGAGGAAGCAAAAGCUUUGAACGAGAUCCAACUCGCCAUUAUCGACGGGUUGCGAAAGAAUGCGAACGCAGUGAAGCAGAACAUGCAAGAAUCACUGGACAUUUCUCCCUCUAAGUCGGGCUCUAGAGAUGUUGGCAGCAGCUGGGAGUCCAUGGAUACUGCAGUCGACGACGUCGAGGCAUACAACCCCAAGGCCACCACACCACUCAGACCAGCAAUGGUCGAGUCCGGCACACAGACCGAUGAACGUAAGAAGCUCGUUCCUGCUCGCAAGCCUGCACAGCCUGCGCCGCCCAUGAGACGUGGAUUUUGGAUCGCUCUCUGUGAGGCGCUGGAUGGCUUCAGCGAUGAUCUACACGAGCGCUGAUGCUUUCCCACCACUCGUCGGCCUUUCCUUUGCUCUUAUACCCUUUUCCAUAUUUCGUUCUUGG